AUGGGGAAACUCGAACUGGGUUUUGGAGGUUCUUUGGUAUUUCGUCUUCUUUUGUUGGUUUCUGUUAUGGUUGUUUCUGUUCAAUGUCAGGAUGCAGAGGUGAUGAACAUGCUGAAAAACAUGAUCAAUGCCCCCAUUAGCUUCCAAUGGACAGACACUGAUGUAUGCAAAUGGAGGCACAUUCAAUGUGAUUCAGGAAAACGUGUUACCGCCAUUCAAAUUGGGAACCAGAACCUUCAUGGCUCUCUCCCCAAGGAACUGGAGAAGCUCACAGAAUUGGAACGUUUCGAGUGUCAAGGCAACAGUCUCACAGGGCCAUUCCCUUACCUUUCAAAAUCCUUACAGAGGCUGAUAAUCCGUGACAACAAUUUUACCUCCAUACCAAGCGAUUUCUUCAAAGGCAUGGAUAGUUUGCAAGAAGUGAGAAUCGACGACAACCCUUUCCCUCGGUGGCCGAUUCCUGACACUCUUAAGGAUUGUGUUGGACUUCAAAGUUUUAGUGCUCAGAGUGUCGGCUUUGUUGGGACAAUCCCAGAUAUUUUUGGCAGAGAUGGUCCCUUGACAGGUUUGGUUUAUUUGGCUUUGUCUGGUAAUUCUCUAGAAGGUCCUUUGCCUGCAAGUCUCUCGUAUAGUUCAAUCGAGAACCUUUUGUUGAAUGGACAGACUAGCGCCUCUAAACUCAAUGGUACCCUCGCUGUUGUACAGAACAUGACAUCUCUGAAGCAAAUUUGGGUUAAUGAUAAUGCAUUUACUGGUCCUGUACCAGACUUGUCACACCAUGAUCAACUGUUUGACGUAAACUUAAGGGAUAACCAGUUUACUGGUGUUGUUCCACCCUCCCUAACGGGUCUUCCAAGUCUUCAGGUUGUGAACUUAACCAAUAAUUAUCUUCAAGGAUCCCCUCCCAUGUUCAAAACUGGGGUAGCUGUUGACAAUAAUAUGGAUGGGGGGAGAAAUCAAUUUUGCACAAAGGUGCCUGGGCAGCCAUGCAGUCCCCUUGUAAAUGCUUUACUGUCUAUUGUUGAACCUUUGGGUUAUCCUCUCAGGUUUGCUGAAAGUUGGGAGGGUAAUGAUCCAUGUGCUAAUAAAUGGACUGGGAUAGUUUGCUCUGGUGGAAACAUUUCUGUUAUCAACUUUCAGAACAUGGGUCUAUCCGGCACGAUUUCUCCUAAUUUUGCCAGCCUUACAUCAGUGACAAAAUUGCUUCUUUCUAACAAUGGUCUCGCUGGUACCAUACCAAGAGAACUUACUAGUAUGCCUCUUCUGCAAGAGUUAGAUGUUUCCAAUAAUAAUUUAUAUGGCCACGUACCACCUUUCCAUGAUGGUAUGGUUGUUAAAUUUGGUGGGAAUCCUGAUAUUGGAAAGGAUAAACCCACUUCUCAAAUUGGCUCGGGCUCUGGAGGCAAUGAUAAGAAACUCAGUGCUGGAGCCAUUGUUGGAGUUGUGGUGGGGUUUGUCUUUUUACUUGUUCUUGGAGUUCUAAUAUUUCUUAAGUUCCGGAGAAAGUUGAAGCAUGCUGGAAAAGUUCAAAAUCCAACUGGAAUUGUGGUACAUCCUCGUCAUUAUGGGGAUGGAAAUGCUAGGAAGAUAAGUGUUACGGGUGCUGGUGUUGGUGGUGAAGGAACUGCUGCAUUAAGCCCCAAUUCUAAUGUCUAUCAGGUGGAAGCUGGUAAUAUGUUAAUUUCAAUUCAAGUUUUGAGAGAAGUUACCAACAAUUUUAGUGAAGAAAACAUAUUGGGGAAGGGGGGUUUCGGAACUGUAUACAAAGGAGAAUUGCAUGAUGGGACAAAGAUUGCAGUGAAAAGGAUGCAAUCGGGAAUGGUAGAUGAGAAAGGGCAGAAUGAGUUCAUGGCUGAAAUUGCAGUGCUUACUAAGGUUCGACAUAGACAUUUGGUUGCACUCCUGGGUUAUUGCUUGGAUGGAAACGAGAAACUUCUUGUCUAUGAAUACAUGCCUCAGGGUGCUCUAAGUAAACAUUUGUUCAACUGGAAAGUGGAAGGGAUAAAACCACUAGAAUGGAAGACUAGGCUUUCUAUUGCCUUGGAUGUUGCUAGAGGUGUUGAAUAUCUUCAUGGUUUGGCUCAACAAAUUUUUAUCCACAGGGAUCUCAAACCAUCCAACAUUUUGCUGGGAGAUGAUAUGAGGGCUAAAGUGUCAGACUUUGGAUUGGUUCGGCUUGCUCCAGAAGGAAAAACCUCAUUUCAAACUAGACUUGCUGGAACUUUUGGAUACCUGGCACCAGAGUACGCAGCUACUGGUCGACUUACAACAAAGGUUGAUGUAUAUAGUUUCGGAGUGAUUCUUAUGGAGAUGAUGACUGGAAGGAAAGCACUUGAUGAGAGCCAAUCAGAAGAGAACAUCCACCUUGUUACAUGGUUCCGUAGGAUGCUACUGAACAAAGAUUCAAUUCGAACGAUCAUCGACCCAACAAUCGAAGUUGAUGAGGAAACCUUAGCAAGUAUUAGCACUGUUGCAGAGUUAGCAGGGCACUGCAGUGCAAGGGAGCCAUAUCAGCGUCCUGACAUGAGUCAUGCAGUGAAUGUGCUAUCACCUCUUGUUGAGGUAUGGAAGCCUUCAGAACCAGAUGCUGAUGACAUAUAUGGGAUCAACUUUGAUAUGACAUUACCACAAGCACUCCAAAGGUGGCAGGCAUUUGAAGGAAAGAGCACCCUGGAUUGUACUACUACUUCUCCUUCACCAUUGCAUACUAGUGGAGACAACACCACUCACCCAUCUGCAUAA